UUCUUCGUUCCGAAAAAAAUAACACAGAUAAUUUAUAAUUUUCGUACAACAGUGGAAGACCAGUAGUCCUAAAUAUCACUACAUGUAAACUGAAAUAUCAAGGAUUUGAAUCUUGUUGAAUGAAAGGCGCUCAAAGUAUUACACCAUCUUUGCGAAUCGCACAUUUAAUUUGUAAGAAGCGAGUUUCAAACGCUGAUGAAACUCGUUGAGGAUUUACAGCAUAUUAUAUAGCAAGAUCGAAGGUCAGUUCUUCGGGAAAACACACAGCACUAGACAAUUGGUAUUGAAACAUGAACGAGAGUAGUGCACCCACCGUCUCCGCUAAAUCUUCCAUCUGGCUAUGGCUGUUCCGCCCAUUUUCCAUCAUAAUCACCUGUGCGGGCCUGGUGAUGUUUGUUGCGGGAAUCACCUCAUUUUCAAUUCAUGGAGAUGCCAGUGGACACCGGAUCCUUCUGACUCCCGUUGGAGGCUUCUUGUUAAGUUUUGGCGUGUUGCUGGCUAUCGGAAUACAAUGUCGGGUUCGAUUGAGGGAAAGAGAACGGCAAGAGGAAUUGUGUCCUAACAGCGAUAUAGUAGAUCUGACAUCGGAGUUUGCCUCCGCUAACAUUUCCACGGAAGCAACUUCACCGGGUAUGUGGCGUCACUCACCGGUAAUGCUCCCAACAUGCCCUGGUCCUCUCCGAAACGAAGACAUUCCCAGCGCAAGGUCCAUUUCCCCAUUAGUGAUUGAUAUGACUUGUUUGGUAAAUAUCGAUGAAGUUUUGUUAUCAUUGGAGAAUCCAGAGGCAUUUGAGGUCCCCCCGUCUUACGAGGAAGCGAUGUCUUUGGCUUGACAUCGUUGCCACCCUGACUUAGUCUCCACUUGCAGGGGAUGGGUGUGUUAGCCUGUUGUAAA